AUGAGUUAUAGUGAUUCUGACACCUACAACAUUUAUGAAAGUAAUACUUCUUCAACAGAUACAAACAAUAUUUCAGGUCAAUUAAAUCCAAAGCAGGUAUUAAAGUUAACUAAUGAACCAAAUAAUAUUUUUAUGAAAAUGAAUAAUCCUACUACUGCUCUGUGGAAUGAAAACGGCUAUAAUUAUCAUCAUUAUUUUAAUAAUAAAUCAAAGUGUAAACCAUCUAGCAAGCUGAACAAAUCACGAAUUGUUUCAUGUGGUGUAUUUUCAUGUUUUGGAAUUAAAACAAAUAAAAAUAAUUUAAAAAUAAAUUUAUCCAGAGAAGAUUCAAAAACCUCGAACACAUAUAAAUCAAUAUCAAGUUUACAGACAGCAUCGUUAAGUCUCACAGAGAAAAUAAGUCUACCAAUAGAUAAGAUAAAUAAACCGCCAUCAUCAAUUCAAAAAAUUAAAACAAGAACAACAACGAUACCAGUUUCAUCAGGUGAAAAAAUUCCAACAUCAUAUGUAAAUAAUUUUAAAGCGAUUGGUGAUUUUAAUACAUUACAUAUUAAACCAAAUAGUCGUUUAUUUCCGCGCGAUUUAAAUCGUCUAUCAACGUCCACAAGCGAUACAUUUGAAAGUGAAUGUAUUCAAACAAAUUCAAUGAAUCAACAUUAUAUUGAUGGAAGUUAUUCAACUAUAACACCUGUAUCAAUAUCACAGCAAAUUCAUGAUUAUAAAGAAGACAAACAAAACACCAAAGAACCAUUGAACAUUGAUAUAGUGAAAGAAAAGCUCUACAAUAGUCAAUUACUUAUGCAUUUCUCUCAAAUAGUUGAACAAAAUUAUAAUAUGGAUAUUAAAAGUUUAAAUUAUCUUCAAAUUGAAAAUAAUGUUGAUGAUGAUGGCGAUAAUAACAAUAAGGUAAAUACUGUUGAUGAACUACCGAAUCAAGUAUUAAUUAAUUUUAAUGGUAAUAUUGGUCAUCAUCAAACAUGUCAGGCAUAUAUUGAUUUUAAAAGGCAUGAGUCACCGCUCGGUAAGCGUGAAGCAAACUGCUGUCCAGCAGAACCACCACAUUUGCAUAAAGUUAUUCAAACAGUUUAUUCAUAUGAGAAUUUAUACCAUAUAUCGCCUAAAUUAAGUUAUAACAAUACACGUGAACAGUCUUGUCCAAGAGUUAGUCAAUCAGUGAAAAGUUAUCAUACAGAAAAUGAUGAAGAGAAUUUUAAAAAUAAUGAUUUAAAUAAGGCGGGAAAAAUGGAUGAGGAUGAAAAGGCUAUGCACAAAGUGAAAGAAAUCACAACGAAUUCCUCUAAACAGUCAAAAGAUCAAAAUAAUGUCAUUUUGAAUAAAUCAUUUGGUUCUUGCACUAAAACAAGUUCAGAAUCAUUAAAACAAGAAGUUAGUGUUGUUAAAGGUGUGAAUACUUUACAAAACAGAACCGUCAAUAAAGGUAAUACUGUCAAUGUGAAUACAGUAAAACAAAACUGUAAAACAACAAAACAAUCUGAAGUUAGGUCUAAAUCUUUUGAAAAUAAGUCGACUGUUAAUAAUAAUCCUGUCACUUCAUCUCGUGAUAUAAAAACACCGCCACUUUCAAAUCAUCUACAGAAUUCACAUUAUUCAACACGUAAAUCGAAUUCACACACUCCAUCUACACUUUCAAGAACUCGGAGAGCUGAUCAUUCUGUGCCAAAUAAAGGCAAUAGUUAUAUGUCUUUAAAAUCAGCCUCAAACCAACGCCGUGAGUGUAAAACACCUGAACCCGUCUCCACGAAUUCUGCAGUACAUGGUGUGAUGCAUAAAAAUGCUAAGUCUGAAACACAUCCAAAUAGUUAUAUACGUCAAAAUCUAAGAAAGGGAAUACCUUCAGCAUCUUUACGAGAAGAUCAAUAUGAUCAGAAAAAAUUAAAACAAGAUAUAUUUGGUAACAAUCAGGAGAAAGUGAAACAAAAGUCGUUGGUUGGAAACCAGAAGCAUCAAUUAAGUAAUAGAAAUUCUUUUAUGUCCACUAAAGAAAAUAUUAAGUGCACUAAGAAAUCAACGCAACGCAGCUUCAACAGAUUUCAGGCGUACUCAACUUCUUCAGAAUCAUGUCCUUCAGUAAAUACACUUGAAUUGCUUCAACUCGCUGAUAUAUCUGAUGCAGAUGAUAUUAGAGAAAUCAAAGAGUAUGUAUUCGAUGAGAAUUCCAGUGAAAAUGAUUAUGACAGUAGUAAGAGAACAAAACAUUCUAUAAAUAAACACCAGAUGAAUAAUGAAGGUCACGAUGAUUUUAUAGGUUUUCCUGUUGAUAGACACAUACAAAAUCGAUAUGUUUAUCCUCCUGAUGAGUACAUAUAUCCAGAAGUGAACAGCCCGCUAUUUGUUCAGCCAAAAUAUUUGCCUUUCAUACCAAUUCCACCACAACCCGUUGCACCAUUACGAAAUAUUAGUCCAUUAUGGAAUAAUAUACCAAAUUAUGAAUCUGCAUACCCUGGUUUCAUGCGACCACCAGUGUUUAAUGCUCCACCGUUUGUGAAUUGGACAAAUCAAAGCGGUUACAUUAAUCCAUACAAUAAUAAGUAUUAUAAUGAUCCAUAUUAUCAGUAUCCAACUGAGCAGUGUUCAACAACUGGAAGUUUUCCAUUACAUGCAUAUCAAUCAUAUAAUAAUACCUAUCAUAAUUCCCAAACGACAUCGGAACGCCAAGUACAUACAAGAAAGACUGUUGGCAAGAAUAAAGUCUGUGAAGGCAUGAAAAAGAAAAAACCUUAGCUGUCUUUUUUAAAGUCUCCAUUCUGUUUUACUCAUUUGUUUAUUUACUCAUCUAAUUUUCAGCCAACCACUUAUUUAUUUAGUCAGAUUUUAUGCUUUUGUAAGACACCAGUUUGAGAAAAAAGAGUUUCUAUUUCUUCAGAGUUAUUUUUCUUCCCCACACCGAGGUAAACAUUGGCAGAAACUGACUUUCAUUUAAAG